CUGGCAACGCUGUCAGCAGUCGAAUUAUUUAUCUCUGUAAAUUACACACAAAACAAGAGGAAACAAAGUGACUCCCAGAGAUAAGUAGCUGCUAUUCUAUACUCAAACACGAGAUGUCAACGGCGACUCGACCUCCGUCAUUGCGCCUGGGGCAGCAGGACUUGAAGUGCCGCACGGGAUGCGGAUUCUACGGAACUCCCCAGAACGACGGACUCUGCUCAAUGUGUUUUAAUGAUAAGCAGCGGAAGUUGAGACAGAAGGCAGGCGAAACGGGCCCAGGAUCCUCUUCCUCACCUGGCUCCAUUGAGCGCAGAUCGCCUCAACAUGGACAUCUUCACGGAAAAACGGAACAGCAAACCAGAAAGGCGGUGGUAGACAAGGAGCAGGAUCACUCGGGAACUCUCCAAAAGAAGAAGUUUACCUCUGUCCUACAGAAAACUCUUCAAGCUGGAGCCCAAAAAAUCACCCAACAGCGUAGUCAUGUGCCCGAUCCCACGGAGGGGCAGUUCUUGCUACAGCUCCGCCAGCUUCGUAUUCCCGACGAUGGGAAGCGCAAACUAAAGGGUGAGAUCCAACGUUUGGACAGCGAAAUACGCAAGUAUAUGAACGGAAAUGGCGGCAAAAACAUCAACGAAUUGUCGGAUCUAGUGCAAAAUGCAUACACCAAGGUUUCAAACAUUGUGCACAACGAUCCCAGCUUCGAGAUAGCCACCAACGAGGAUCGCGAUAGUGCCAUUGACUUCUUUGAGAAAGUGGUGAUGACGCAGAACCACAAAUUCCUCUUUAGUCCCUACUUCACUACGGAUGAGGACAGCGAUGUAACAGUUCAAAAGCGCAUACGCCAGCUGAGCUGGAUUACGGCCAAGCAUCUAGACUGCAAUAUUGAUGAGGUUAACUCGGAGGCCAGGGACCUAGUGUACAAUGCUAUAUCUGAAUUGGUGGGAAUCGAUUCGUAUUAUUCGCCGCAGGAGAAGCUGCAAUGCACUUGGCGCUGCUGUAGGCACAUCUUCGAGCUGCUUAAGCGGGCCACCGGUGGGCCAGCCAGUGCGGAUGACUUUUUACCAGCCCUGAUAUUUGUGGUACUGAAGGCAAAUCCUGUGCGACUCCACAGCAAUAUUAAUUUCGUUACACGCUUUACAAAUGCACAACGGGUGAUGAGCGGCGAGAGUGGGUACUACUUCACCAAUCUCUGCUCGGCAAUUGCCUUUAUUGAGAAUCUGAAUGGGGAGAGUCUUGGCAUCAGUAGCGAAGAGUUCGCAGCUCUGAUGUCCGGACAGCAAUCCUACAGUACGCCCUGGGAAAGUGCCCUGUUGGCCUGCGAGAGUAUUCACUUAAUAUCCGAAAAUAUGAAGCGGAUGGAGCUGCUUCAGAAAAGAAACGCGCUAAUAAGCACCGGGAUUACUACAUUUGAAAAGGAGCUCAUAGAUUUCCAAAGAGAGGUGACCGAACGAGUGGACACCGUAAUAGCGAAGGCGCCACUCAACCUGCUGCCCAUAAAAACGCCCGCUUUUUUGAUUGGCCAAGCAAGAGCUCACCUCCUCAAUGAAAACGAAGCUGGUCAUUAUCAGGCGAAUGUGCUAAGUGGCGGUUCGUUGACCUCGCAAUCACUGACUGCAGUUGGUGGCUUGGCAAAGCCCGCAAUAGCACCGGAAGACUCUGGUUUGUCCCUCAAGGACACCAGCAUGGGUUCCAUGGGUCGUCUGUCGCCUCUGCAUCAAAAUAUUCAGCCAGCCGACAACCUCUUCGCUUCUCCAAUCUUCAAUUACGCCGCCUUUGAUGCCGUUUCCCUGUUGGAGGAGCCGUCUUCCGAGGGAAACCCAGAUGUUGUCAUGCUGGGUUCCGAGUUUCAUGGAGGCCUAACCAACAUCAACUACGACUUUGAUUUGUCAGAUCAGAGUGGUGAAAACAGCACCGCGGAUGAAACGAAGCCCAAUCUCGACGAAUUUGAUCCCUUGGCGCAAAGAGGCUCAGUUAACCAGCCACCUCCUGCUCUGCCGGAGACUAGUCUGCUGGACAGCACCAUGGACAGCCUGAUUGACAGCGAAGUGCCUGGCACAGCUGUCCUACUUCCAUCCCCCUUAAAGCCCGAGGUUGCCAAUUAUCGUGGCUUCUCGAAUUUCGAUAUUCCCAGCAUCUCCUGCAAUACUGGAGACUUCAGUUCGCUAGGUCAGGAAGGCUCCGAGGCUCCUAAAUAAUUGCCUCACGCACCCUGUCUCAAUCCCUCCCUGCACAUACACGAAUGUAAAUAGAGAUAAGUGAUAUAUUGUAGCUAGCCAGUCGCUUCAAUUCUAAAGUUUGCACAUAUUUAUUUGUACAAUAUUUAACUAGCUUUACAGAACGGACGUUUAAUAAAUGCAAUCGAAAACCAAUAAAGUA